ACCCAGUAAGCAAGAAUUCCACAUCCCUCCCACUCUGGCUCCCACAGCCACCCUCCACUUUCUGUCUGUAUCUGUAAGACUCCAGGGCCUUCAAGCUGUGAUCAGUUGGAUGGUUCCUGAAACGACUGGGAAAACAGGCACUUUGGUGCCCAUCGAAGAGCGCAUGUCUGUGCAUAUCUAAGCCCUUCUUCGUACACAUACACGUUUACGCAGGAAGACAGGCUCACUCUCGUGCACACUUGAAGAGUUUUACAACUGAUGAAAAUUAAUGCCGGACACAGAUGGAGCAACUUGACCCUGCGGGGCUCAGGAGCCCGGGGGGAGGAAUCUGUUACUAGUGGUCAGUUUUCCACGUGCUCUUCGCAACCAGUUGAAGAAAGUUUACAGAAAGAAGAAAAGGAAACUUGCUCAGCUCAAGCCUCAGAAGCACCUCCCCAGGUUAAAGAUAGAGCUCGACUUCAAAACUCUGGACAGAGAAGUAACUCUGGCUGUGUGGUUGUGACUUCAGGAAGGCAAGGUCAGGAUAACAUUUCAAAGUAGCCAUUGAAGCCAGUAUUUACAAAAUAAAUAUCAAGGAACAUCCAAGCAAAGCUGGCAUUUGGAAGCAGUCUCUGAAUGUGAGCAGGACAGCGCCCAUCAGCAAAACAUGCUGACUCUUUAGGGAACAGUGUGGAAGAACCUGACUCUUGCCUAUAUUUUCAUUUUAAGGGAGUCUCUUCCCUGUUGAGUCCAAGAAGACUUGCAUAUAGGACUUGAUGGACUUACUUCUGAGAAUUAGUCUUUUCCUUCAAGAUGGAAAAAUAUGUGAUCUUUAGGAGCAGAAAGAGGAGAAGCAACUAGGGAGGGAGGAAGGAGGCAAGACGAAAGAGGCAAAAUCCUGUAGUGAGGCUCGGUUUUGUCAGCAAGAGGAUUUAGGAUUCACUCAAGGCAAACACUUGUGCCACUUAAAGAGCUUUAGAACCUUCUGGCCCUGCGAGUGAAGGGUUUUUCUCUCUCCUCCUCCAUGGCACCAGGGAGUGCACUGGUCUGUCGGGGGGAAGUCAGAUGGAGCCCAUCUCCCCACCGGGACACAGCCACCUGCCUGCUGGGAAGUCAGGCUGGGCCAUGAGGUGGGAAGUUUCUGGUUCUGAACAGUGGUGAAAGUCUUUUUCUUCCUGAACUUGGACUGCUGUCUGCACAAACUCUGGUCUGUUUUUGCACGGUUUGUGUGCCUUUUUUCCCCUUUAUGCAAUCUUUUUCAGCUUCAGCAGCAGAAAUUUGUCUAGUUGAGAAAAUACGGCAGAGGGUGGCUUCAGAAGGAAGAUGAUCCCAUAUGUUUGUCUCUGCAUCUAAACUUCUAAAGAGAAAAUUCCAGCUCGAGGGAUUCUUUAAAGCCUUAAGUUACUUGAAAUCUAUGUAUUUGCAACCCUUUGUCUCUGGAAUCAUACUACACUAAACUGGAAUCUCAGGCUGAAUGAGAAUAACCAAGUUGAGUAAAGAGAAGAAAACUCAGUUUCUUGAUCGGCACAUGUUAAUGAUGCUCUUCUUCCUCUAAGGACUUGAAAAUAAAAAUGGACGCAUGUUGUUUUUAAGCAUUACCUUUUCUUAGCAGACUGCCAUCAUCUUUUCUAGAGGAAUUUUUUCACUAUGCAUUUGGUGGAUCUUUAUAAAAUACUGGCCUUCUGAUUAGGUCCAGGUCAGUCUUCAUUAAAACAGGUUGGGGAAACAACGCAAGCCAACCACAAAAAAAAAAAAAAAAAAAAAAAAAAAUCCAGUCAAUCAAUCAAUGAAAAGAAUUGGUUUAAGUGUUCUGGCAUUCAGCAUUACUAUUUAAGUAAAAGAGUUUCCUGGAAAAAAGUAUGUAUGCAGCUGUGGAGCAUGGGCCUGUCCUUUGCAGCGACUCCAACAUCCUUUGCCUGUCAUGGAAAGGGCGCGUUCCCAAGAGUGAGAAGGAGAAGCCAGUGUGCCGGCGGCGCUACUACGAGGAGGGCUGGCUGGCCACAGGCAACGGCCGCGGCGUUGUCGGGGUGACCUUCACCUCGAGCCAUUGCCGCCGGGACAGAAACACUCCCCAGAGAAUAAACUUCAACCUGCGGGGCCACAACAGCGAGGUUGUGCUGGUGAGGUGGAAUGAGCCGUACCAGAAGCUGGCCACGUGUGACGCAGAUGGAGGGAUCUUCGUGUGGAUUCAGUACGAAGGGAGGUGGUCCGUGGAACUGGUCAAUGACCGCGGGGCUCAGGUGAGUGAUUUCACAUGGAGCCAUGAUGGGACUCAGGCACUUAUUUCGUAUCGAGAUGGGUUUGUCCUGGUUGGUUCUGUCAGCGGACAAAGACACUGGUCAUCUGAGAUCAACUUGGAGAGUCAAAUCACAUGUGGCAUAUGGACUCCUGAUGACCAACAGGUGCUGUUUGGCACGGCCGACGGGCAGGUGAUCGUCAUGGACUGCCACGGCAGGAUGCUGGCCCAUGUGCUCCUGCACGAGUCCGAUGGCAUCCUCAGCAUGUCCUGGAACUGCCCCGCCUUCCUGGUGGAGGACAGCAGCGAGAGCGACACAGACUCAGACGACUAUUCCCCGCCCCAAGAUGGUCCAGCCGCGUGUCCCGUCCCGGUGCAGAACAUCAAGCCGUUGCUCACUGUCAGCUUCACCUCGGGCGACAUCAGCUUAAUGAACAACUACGAUGACUUGUCUCCUACUGUCAUCCGCUCAGGGCUGAGAGAGGUGGUGGCCCAGUGGUGCACGCAAGGAGACCUCCUGGCCGUCUCUGGUAUGGAACGGCAGACCCAGCUCAGUGACCUCCCCAAUGGCCCUCUUCUGAAGAGUGCCAUGGUCAAGUUCUACAAUGUCCGUGGGGAGCACAUCUUCACUCUGGACACGCUCGUGCAACGCCCCAUCGUCUCCAUCUGCUGGGGACAUCGAGACUCGCGGCUGCUGAUGGCUUCAGGACCGGCCCUGUAUGUGGUGCGCGUGGAGCACCGCGUGUCCAGCCUGCAGCUGCUGUGCCAGCAGGCCAUCGCCAGCGCCCUGCGAGAAGACAAGGACGUCAGCAAGCUGACCCUGCCACCCCGCCUUUGCUCCUACCUCUCCACUGCCUUCAUCCCCACCAUCAAGCCCCCAAUUCCGGACCCCAACAACAUGCGAGACUUUGUCAGCUACCCUUCGGCCGGCAACGAGCGUCUGCACUGCACCAUGAAGCGCACCGAGGACGACCCGGAGGUGGGCGGUCCGUGCUACACCCUCUACCUGGAGUACCUGGGCGGGCUCGUGCCCAUCCUCAAGGGGCGACGCAUCAGCAAGCUGCGGCCCGAGUUCGUCAUCAUGGACCCCCGGACAGAUAGCAAACCAGAUGAAAUCUACGGAAACAGCUUGAUCUCCGCCAUGCUCGACAGCUGUAACUGCUCAGAUUCCAGUGACAUCGAACUGAGUGACGACUGGGCUGCUAAGAAAUCCCCCAAGAUCUCCCGAGCUAGCAAAUCACCCAAACUCCCAAGGAUCAACAUUGAGGCCCGAAAGUCUCCCAAGUUGUCCCGGGCUGCCCAGGAGAUGUCCAGGUCUCCCCGGUUGCCGAUGCGCAAGCCCUCCAUUGGCUCACCCAGCCUGACGCGAAGAGAGUUUCCCUUUGAAGACAUCACUCAGCACAACUAUCUUGCUCAGGUCACGUCUAAUAUCUGGGGAACCAAGUUUAAGAUUGUGGGCUUGGCUGCGUUCCUGCCAACCAACCUUGGUGCAGUAAUCUAUAAAACCAGCCUCCUGCACCUCCAGCCGCGGCAGAUGACCAUCUAUCUCCCAGAGGUCCGGAAGAUUUCCGUGGACUAUGUUAAUUUGCCUGUCUUCAACCCAAAUGUUUUCAGUGAAGAUGAAGAUGAUUUACCAGUGACAGGAGCAUCUGGUGUGCCUGAGAACAACCCCCCGUGUACCGUGAACAUCCCCAUCGCACCCAUCCACAGCUCGGCACAAGCUAUGUCCCCCACACAGAGCAUAGGAUUGGUGCAGUCCCUGCUGGCCAAUCAGAAUGUGCAGCUGGACGUCCUGACCAAUCAGACCACGGCAGUGGGGACAUCUGAGCACGGAGGUGACAGUGCCACCCAAUACCCAGUCUCCAACCGCUACUCCAGCCCUGGACAGGUGAUCUUCGGAGGUGUGGAGAUGGGCCGCAUCGUCCCGAACCCGGCUCAGCUGUCCCUGCCACCGCCAGCGCAGGGGGCGAUCCAGCUGUCGGUGAUGGACCACGGAGACCGAGACCACGACCACCUGCAGAAGUCCGCCAAGGCCCUGAGGCCAGUGCCGCAGCUGGCCGCCGAGGGGGACGCGGUGGUGUUCAGUGCCCCGCAGGAGGUCCAGGUGGCGAAGAUGAACCCGCCACCCCCCUACCCGGGAACCAUCCCCGCCGCCCCCACCACGGCAGCGCCCCCGCCCCCGAUUCCGCCCCCGCAGCCUCCGGUGGACACCUGCCUGAAAAAGGGCGAUUUCUCGCUGUACCCCACGGCGGCACAUUACCAGACGCCCCUGGGCUAUGAGAGGAUCACCACCUUUGACAGCAGCGGCAACGUGGAGGAGGUGUGCCGGCCUCGGACGCGGAUGCUCUGCUCCCAGAACACGUACACCCUCCCCGGCCCGGGCAGCUCGGCCACCCUGAGGCUCACCGCCACCGAGAAAAAGGUCCCCCAGCCCUGCACCAGUGCUACCCUGAACCGCCUGACGGUCCCACGCUACUCCAUCCCGACAGGAGACCCACCCCCGUACCCCGAAAUCGCUGGCCCGCUAGUCCCGGGCCGGAGCGCGGCGCAGAGGCCCGACGGUCUCAUCCACGCCACGCUGCGCAGGAACAACCGCGAGGUGGCGCUCAAGGCCACGCAGCUGGCCGAGCCCCCUCGGGCCCCGCCGCAGCACCCGCCCAAGCCCAAGGGCGCGGCGCAGUUCCCGGCCCGGCCCCCGCCCGCCCUGUACACCUGCAGCCAGUGCAGCGGCGGGGCCGUGGCGGGGCGGCCUGAGCCGGGCGCCGGAGGAGCACAGCCGGGCUCGGGCCUGGCCCACGCCGCCAGCACCUCGCCCUUGACCUCCCAGUCGUCCUACAGCCUCCUGAGCCCGCCGGACAGCGCCCGCGACCGCACCGACUACGUCAACUCGGCCUUCACCGAGGACGAGGCGCUGGCCCAGCACUGUCAGGUCGAGAAGCCCCUGCGGCACCCCAUGCUGACUGAAGCUGCUGUGGCUGUCAAACGGCCACCCCCUUACCAGUGGGACCCUGUGCUGGGGGAGGACAUUUGGGUUCCUCAGGAAAGGACAGCACAGACUGCAGUGCCCAAUCCCCUGAAACUGCCCCCUCUGAUAGUAGGUCAGAGCCAGCACCUGGACGUGUCCCGCGUGCCCUUCAUCUCCCCGAAGUCUCCCUCCAGCCCUACUGCCACUUUCCAAACAGGCUAUGGGAUGGGAAUGCCGUAUCCUGGGGGCUAUAACACGCCCCCUCUGCCGGGAGUGCAGACGCCCUGCGCCCCGAAAGAUGCCCUGUCCCCGACACAGUUUGCACCCCAGGAGUCCGCAGUGGCGCUCCAGCCAGCCUACCCGCCCAGCCUCUCCUACUGCACCUUGCCCCCCAUGUAUCCGGGAAGCAGCACUUGCUCGAGUUUACAGCUGCCACCUAUCGCCUUGCACCCGUGGAAUUCCUACAGCCCCUGCCCGCCCGUGCAAAACCCCCAGGGCACUCUGCCCCCCAAGGCACACUUGGUGGUAGAGAAGCCCCUUGUGUCCCCACCGCCCACCGACCUCCAAAGCCACUUGGGUACAGAGGUGAUGGUAGAGACCACAGACAACUUCCAAGAAGUCCUCUCCCUAACGGAAAGCCCGGUCCCGCAGCGGACAGAGAAGUUUGGGAAGAAAAACCGGAAGCGCCUGGACAGCCGAGCAGAGGAAGGAAGCGUUCAGGCCAUCACGGAGGGCAAAGUGAAGAAGGAGGCAAGGACUUUGAGUGACUUCAAUUCUCUGAUCUCCAGCCCUCGCCUGGGGAGAGAGAAGAAGAAAGUGAAGAGUCAGAAAGACCAACUGAAGUCGAAGAAGUUGAAUAAGACGAAUGAAUUCCAGGACAGCUCGGAGAGUGAGCCCGAGCUGUUCAUCAGCGGGGAUGAGCUGAUGAACCAGAGCCAGGGCAGCAAGAAGGGCUGGAAGAGCAAGAGGAGCCUGCGGACGGCCGGCGAGCUCGAGGAGUUCAAGUGCCGGAAGGCCAGCGAGAAGGAAGACGGCCGGCUGGGCAGCCAGGGCUUUGUGUACGUCAUGGCCAACAAGCAGCCUCUGUGGAACGAGGCCACGCAGGUGUACCAGCUGGACUUCGGGGGGCGCGUGACCCAGGAGUCGGCAAAGAACUUCCAGAUCGAGCUGGAGGGGCGGCAGGUGAUGCAGUUUGGAAGGAUUGAUGGCAAUGCGUACAUUCUGGACUUCCAGUACCCCUUCUCAGCUGUGCAGGCCUUUGCGGUUGCCCUGGCCAACGUGACUCAGCGCCUGAAGUGAAGAGGCUGGCGUGGGUUGGAAAGACAGGCAGAGGAGCCUUUUCAGAGAGGCCUGAUCGGCGAUGCUCGAGGAGUCCCACGGGACCCCGGGUGCCGGGGGACCAGAAGACAAGAGCAAAACUGGAAGAAUCUGUCAGGCCCAGGAGAGGGGACUGACCUUUAAUUGUUACUGUUUGUUUGGGCUUUUAUAAUCCUUUAUUGGUUUUCUUUCUUCUUUCUUUUUAAACGAGAAGAGAAGACAGAAGGGUAUUUGAAAGCAAAGGGUGCAAGGCACCUGCUGUUCUUUCUGGAAACAUAGUUGCUUGGUAAUGUCCUACUGUGUCUGCUUCUGUCAGCUGCCAGGACAAGGGGCCCUUCGGAAGGAAGGGGGACCACCUUCCCGCCUGCCGCUCUCUCAGCUAGGGAGUGUGCAUUUUCAUGCUCCACAACAUCCAGCUUUAUUACUCCUCCUCAUCGUAACCACUAGUGUGAAAACAAAAGACUUUUAAAAAGAACAACCAAAAAUCCUGAAGGUACAGGCUCUCUUAGGGGGACAUUCGGUUCACACAUAUAAUGUCACUCCCCCAAGGUGACUUGCUUAAUGAAGGGUGGAUGGCGUUCUGGCAAAUGCUGUGUUUGACUCCUAGCAGUAGGCUGUGUCCAGCGGUGCUCUUCCCAGCUCUAAGUGCAGUACGCUCAUGAUGAUGGAGGAGGAGGGGACGGCAGGUGAGGGGGAGCUUCUGCGCCUGGACGCCUGGUGGUCUAUACGGUGGGACUUGGAGCAGUGCAAGGCUGUGCUCCUCUCUGCCCGAUGUUUACGUUGAAGACUCCACCAGUUGUAGAACACGUCAGAAUUCCGUAGGUUCAAUAACGAUCGUUCAGUGUGCUUGCCUUCGGGAGGAGGUAAGAGACAAAAUGGAAAGAUGUGACAUAUGGUGGGGAAGCGACUUGGUCCCCUAGUGCACUGGUAAGUCACUAGAUACCCACUUGGCUGAAAAACAGCCCUCGUCCCCUCCCCCAUUUUAUUGUUCAAUCUGGAAAAUGUAGCAAAAGACCUUCUCUUUCCCAGUAGAUAAGUGUUCCACACUUUCUCAUCCUGAGUGCUGAGGAUGCUCGUUGGAAGGCUCUCCUUUCCUCUUCUCAGCCACAUUACAAUUCACUUGACUAGAAAUGUUUUCUAAUAGUUUAGAAAUGGAAUAAAAUGUUAAGCAUUUGCCAGGGUAUUAAAAGAUAGAGAUAUAGUCAUCUCUUUGGAAAAAGUAACUAGGAGGGAAAAAAGUUCUUUGUUAACUGUACAGUUUACUGAGGAGAUAAACCACUGGGAACACAUUAUUAAAAUCAUAGCACUUAACAGAGCAGGCUCUCGCGCGCGCGCGCUCUCUCUCUCUCUCUCUCACACACACACACACACACACACACUCCCCUGCCUUCUCCUCCUCAGGGGACACUUGGGCAGCCUUCAGCCCUGCUGACAAACCAAGUUCAUUGUUGUCUCACUCGUACCUGUGAUGUUCAGGGCAGGAGCGCAAGGCUCUCGGUGUGGGUUUUGUUAGGAACAGACAAAUGGAAGACACUAUAGAAAAGUCUUUGAAAAUAUGUAUUUUUACAUUCCUUGUUUUGGUUUAAAACCUAGAAAAGAAACUGGCCCAUUCCUUCCCCAGAGCAAGACGAAAUCACUCACCAUUUUCUCCAGACCGUGAAGGACGCAGAUGAGGACAUCUCCCAGCUAACAUCAGAGUUUCCAUCUCGUAUUUUAAAAUAUUGAACCUGAUUCUUUGUGGGUAAAUUCUUCCAGAAAGAAUUUAGCAAUGUAUUGAAAAUUAUUCUUUUAUAGGGUUUUCUAUAGCUUGGUAAGAUGUUUCAGUGCUUAUAUUAGUUGUGCAAUAAUGGUUAUGGCCUAUUUCUAAAAUAAUUUAAAUGCAGUGCCCCUGUUUUGUUGUCCAAGAGAUAAUUAUUUAUCUUACUUUAAUAGUUUUCUUAGGAAUUAUUUUGUUACCAUGUACUGGUGAGUUAUGCCCAUUUUAUUUAUUUAGAAAAAUAGUAUGUUUGUAAUGAGUUAUUUGGUAGCAGUAUAUUUUGCUGCAAGAAAUAAAGAGGAUAUGAUAGAA